AUGAUGGCGCGAGGAUUGCUUUUUCUCACUGUGGCGUUCGUGCUACUAUCCUCGAUCGACGUGAGGGCCGAGAAGAAGAAUCCAAAGGACAAUGCGACAAAGCUCGAUAAUGAUCGGAAAGAAAGUAACGAGACGGAUGUCACGUUGAUGAGCGACGAUCUUAAGAACAGGACGGAUCAAGUACGAGAGAGCAGAUUGGAAAAGGUUCGUGCCCUGCUGAGCAACGGAAGCCGACAAAAUGGCAGCAGGGAGCUUGUGCUACCUAGAAAUAUGGACAUUGUCAAGAUAGUAUCCGAUGAUGCCACUGGCGACGAGGAAUCGGUGGAAGAAUUACCCGAGCCGCAAGAAUUGAAAAUCGUAAGGCCCAAUUUAAGGAAACGACCCAGUUAUCGACCACCUCCAAGAAGACCAGCACCUUUAAAUCGGAGGAACGUUUUCACAGAUCUAUCCAGAUCACCAUCCCUGAUAAGACCAUUUAGACGACCCACGGAAACAAAAAAACGAGAUCCAACCGAGAAGGAAUGUACUUUCUUCACAAAGACAGUCUGUCUCGAAGCUGUUGACUAUCCUCACGAGGCCAUCAUGAGAAGUUUGAGGAGCAACAAGGAGAUGGUCGCUGCCUUGUUGACUGACUACAAGUCGCAAGAUUUUGACGACUCUGCCGAGACUCUUCCGGUUGCAUUGCCUUUGGAAAAUAAAUCGUACGAGAAUCGGUACGAGAAUAACGAAAUUAGAAGGAGAUCAGAUUUGAAUCCAUCGUUCGAAAACGUGGAAGAGGGUUUCACGUGUCCAUCGGUGAUCAAGUACGCGCGUCCACAAUUGGCAAGAGCUGCUUCCGGUGUUUGGAAAUACAUAAUAAACACUGGGGAGCACACGCAAACAUUGCGUUUAGAGAAAUGCUCGAAUCCAGAAACGAGCUGCGCUUUCAUAUCCGAAAAUUAUCGUUCUUCCUGCUCGCAAGUGUACAAUUAUCACAGGCUUCUAACGUGGGACAACAAGUUGGGCCUGCACAUGGACAUUUUCAAAGUGCCAACUUGUUGCAAUUGUCACGUGCACGGUUACGCGGAAAUUUUCCCACCGCAUCAAAAGGAUCAACCCGCGAGGAUCAAGGAAUCCUUUCCUGGCUCCGAUUUCAUAACCAGCGAGCAGAAAGACGAUUUCGAGGAAUCGUCCUCGAAGCUCAAUUAUUUCAACAAGUUUAUUUCAUCCAGUAAUUUCGAUUCCGUCUCGAGUAGCAAGAAGCCUGGGAUAGAUACUGCACCGAGUCGACCAACGUCGUUCACGCUCCCUGUAAGAACGAGACAGAACAAGAAGCCUUCGGCUACGAGUUCGAGGCCGUUCGAUAAAUUGCCCCAACAGCAUGCACCUAAUACCAGAGCACCGGGAUACACUGGAUCUUUAUUGAAAUCCAGACCAAACAGGGCUCCUCCCAAUAGGCCACCUUACAGAAGGGAGUCUUACAUCGAAGAUCAUACCGAAACUGUGAACAGCACCAUUUUAAACAGAUAUAGCCAACCGUACGAUUUGGAAAUGGACGCCACGUCGAGGCUACAAAAUGGCGGUUUCGAUGACGAGUACCAGGAGCCGCAGAGGCGCGUCAAUUACAAUUACCAUCCGAUUAUCGAUUUUUUCAGACCGGAAGCGCUGCAGUUGCAGUCGUCUGAAACCACGUCGAUGUCGGGACAAAACGAUUCCAAUUCGUGGAAACCGAUGAUUGCAUCCUGA